GCGUUGGAAUCUCACGUCACUUCAGCGUAGCUUGAGCCAACAUGUCCCACCCUUGCUGCAGUUCGUAGUAACCUUCUCCAUGAAAGCUUUGGGGGAGGGAUAAACGAGAGCUGUCGCACAAACUACUUCUUCCUCCACUUCUGUGGAAUACUGGAAAAUGGCCUAGUUGUGCCUGGAGAGAUCCUGCAGAUGUCAAACACAUUAGCGUUUGCUUAUGUGAGUGUGUAUGUUGGAUUUACCCGGGAGUUUCAUGGCUGAAUCGUGCGUGAAGAAGAAGAAGAUGAUGAUGAUGAUGAUAAUGAUGAUGAUGGGGAUUCCACUGGUUUGGCUGUCAAAUGUGUGUGAGACUGGAUGAGACAAGGGCUCUAUCAGGAGCCUUUGUGCAAAUAUACCUGCAAAUACUCGAGGAUCUCUGGGCAGGUUCACACGACGCUUGGCAGGGUGGAGUUUCAUGACCCAUGGAGAAUUACUUCCAGGCUGAGGCCUUUAACCUGGACAAGGUGCUGGAUGAGUUUGAACGGAAUGAAGAUGAAACGGACACACCGAUUCUCUCUGAUGCCAAGUGGACUCAGAUUCUGGCCCCUCCAUCCCACCUCCUUUCCCUGAAUCCGGCACUGACCCACUCUGACCUCAGCCCAAGGGACAGCCCUAUCAGCUUCAAGCCGCUUCUGGACACCCAGACAUCAGAUGGGCCCUCUUUGGCUGAGUUCACCAGGUUAGAUGGGAAACAGGGACUGGGGCCACAGCCAGAGGGCAGGAGUGAAGAACGGCCAGCAGAUGUUCACAGUCCACCUCUGCCUCAGCCAAACAUUGGCAAGCUAGUGAGCACUGAUGGGCAUUUGGCAGACUUGCCGUCCUCCAACAAAGAGGUGCUGGAAAAUGGUUAUCCAGCUAGUCCUGAUCAUACCGUCCAGUGUGAUGUCAUUAGAGUCAAUGAUGAGAAGACAAAUCAACCAGUUAUAGACGAGAAGUGUCUUAAGGACACGGGUCCCUGUGAGCUUAAGACGGAGCAGAAUGGUCAAAUAAGUGAUGCUGGUCGAGAUUUCACCUCUACAGAGGAAGAAUCUGAGGAUAAGCCAUCGCUUUUGAAGAAUGGUGUUAAGAUGGAUGCAAGUAAAAAGGAAAGUGUUUCACCCACCUGUGAGGUCGGAAUAAAGGACUAUGGUAUUGGAUUAUAUCCAGAAACAAGUACUCCCCAUAAAGGGGAAAUGGUAUUGCACAAAUCUGUAAAUGGUGGCAGAGAAUUGGAUUCUGAGAGGGAGAAUCGUCAGGGUGCCUUUCAAAAUGGUGUAAUGGUUGAGAAUGAAACUACAGGAAAAGACAACUCUGCGUCAAAUCAGAAAGAGAAAAUGCUAGAGACUGACCACAAGGGAAUGCAUGAGGACUCAUUAGAGGGAGAUAGAUCUCUGUCCAAUGGUCUGGUGGAGGACCUUGAUGGAGAUGCACAGAGUCAGCUUGCGGUCUCUUCAAAAGAGGACUCUGUGACGGAGGAAAAAGAAAUGGAGGAGAGCAAGCAAGAGACUUGUGAUCCAGUUCGAGCACUGGAAUCUGGAAGAACAGACAAACUUAACAACAGUCGGCUGCAGCCUGUCAGCGUUCCCUACGGUGGGGCCCGUCCAAAACAACCUGUCAAUCUGAAGCUGCAGAUUCCUCAGCCUCUCUCCAACCAAGUCCAGAAUGAAUUUGGCACCAGUAGCAAGAACAAGAACAUGGAGCCACAGAGUAGAACAGGAGGCUUUGAGGCGUCUUGUGGAGCUACUGAGUCUGCAGUUGUUCAGAUAAAUGGAGAGCAUGGAGAUGGUUCUUUAGGCUUACUCAUCCCAUCUGAGAGUCCAGACAAUGACCUUCAAGCAGGCCAGCAAGGAGCCUUUUCUAAGACACCCUUGAGCUCCUUGGGGGAAGUGGCUCCAGUUUGGGUUCCUGACUCUCAAGCACCCAUUUGCAUGAAGUGCGAGGUCAAGUUCACUUUCACUAAAAGAAGGCACCAUUGUCGGGCUUGUGGCAAGGUGUUCUGUGCUGCUUGUUGUAGUCUGAAAAGCAGGCUGAUGUACAUGGACAGGAAAGAAGCAAGGGUUUGUGUUACCUGCCACCGUACACUCAUGAAUGCUCAAACAUGGGAAAAUACGGGAGGUGGUUGUAACCAGAGCCCAAAUCCCAACAACCCGGCAGAAUACUGCUCCACUAUCCCUCCUCUGCAGCAGGCGCAGGCUUCAGGAGCACUCUGCUCCCCACCACCAACCGUCAUGGUGCCUGUUGGUGUCCUCAAACAACCAGGCUCUGAAGGUUCUCUUCCUCGAGAGCAAAGAAGGGUUUGGUUUGCGGAUGGCAUUCUGCCCAAUGGGGAAGCUACAGACUCUUCUAAAGCCCCUGCGGCAAAUCACAACCCCCCACAGCCUGUGGUAGCGUCCCAAAACUCAAACAAAUCCUCAGGAGCCAAUGCCUCAGAGGCAGUCCAUGGCAGUGGAGCCCUGACUACUAGCCCAGUGGGCAGCUCUUUCAGUCUGAUCCCAGAGGACGGACUUCCUCCCAUCCUCAUCUCCACAGGCGUCAAAGGAGGUACGGGAGGCCACAUCACAGACUAUGCUGUGGAGGAAAGACCUUCUGAGAUUGCGCUGAUGCAGCAGCUCGAGGAGGGCUGUCCUGAUCCCUUGGUGUUUGUCCUCAAUGCCAACCUGCUGGCUAUGGUCAAACUGGUCAAUUAUGUAAAUAGGAAGUGCUGGUAUAUGACAACAAAGGGCAUGCAUGCCGUGGGCCAGGCUGAGGUUGUAGUGCUCCUGCAGUGCCUCCCUGACGAGAAAACCAUUCCUAAGGACGUCUUCAGCCACUUUGUCCAGCUGUACCGGGAGGCUCUCGCAGGAAAUGUGUUAAGUCACCUGGGCCACUCAUUCUUCACACAAAGCUUCCUGGGCAGCAAGGAGCACGGCGGCUUCCUUUACAUCAACCCAACCUUUCAGACCCUGCAGGACCUGCCAUUGCCCAAUCCGCCCUACCUCUUUGGCAUCCUGGUGCAGAAGUGGGAGACCCCCUGGGCUAAGGUCUUUCCCAUUCGACUCAUGCUCCGCCUCGGUGCAGAAUACAGAUUUUACCCCUGCCCGCUGUUUAGUGUUCGCUUCAGAAAACCUCUGUUUGGAGAAACUGGUCAUACAAUCAUGAACUUACUGGCAGACUUCCGAAAUUAUCAGUACACGCUGCCGGUGGUGAAGGGGCUGGUGGUGGACAUGGAAGUGAGGAAGACGUGCAUAAAGAUACCGAGCAAUCGCUACAAUGAGCUCAUGAAGGCAAUGAAUAAAUCCAACGAGCAUGUGCUGGCAAUGGGUGCAUGCUUCAAUGAUAGGGCAGAUUCCCAUCUCGUCUGCGUUCAGAAUGAUGAUGGUAACUACCAGACGCAGGCCAUUAGUAUUCAUCACCAGCCUCGCAAAGUGACCGGUGCCUCGUUCUUUGUCUUCAGCGGGGCUUUGAAAGCUUCAUCGGGCUACUUGGCAAAGACAAGCAUUGUUGAAGAUGGUGUAAUGAUGCAGAUUACAGCCGAAACCAUGGAGGCCUUAAGACAAGCUUUGAGAGAGAUGAAAGAUUUUAGUAUUGCCUGCGGAAAAGCUGAUCAGGAGGAGAACCAGGAACACGUCCAGGUUCAGUGGGUCGAUGAUGAUCAUAACGUCAAUAAGGGAGUGAUCAGUCCCAUUGAUGGGAAAUCCAUGGAGUCAGUCACCAGCGUUAAGAUCUUCCAUGGCUCUGAGUAUAAAGCCAAUGGAAAAGUCAUUCGAUGGACAGAGGUGUUUUUCCUGCGGAGCGAGGACCACAACAAUGGCCUGAGUGAUCCUGCAGACCACAGCCGGCUCGCUGAGAAUGUGGCAAGGGCUUUCUGCAUGGCUCUGUGCCCUCACCUCAAACUGCUCAAAGAGGAUGGCAUGGCCAAACUGGGCUUGCGGGUCACACUGGACUCAGAUCAGGUGGGCUAUCUUGCAGGCAGUAACGGUCAGCCGCUGCUCCCCCAAUACCUGAGCGAUCUGGACAGCGCGCUCAUCCCAGUGAUCCACAGCGGAGCCUGCCAGCUGAGUGAGGGGCCUGUGGUGAUGGAGCUCAUCUUCUACAUCCUGGAGAUCAUCUCUUAAAAAAAGGAAACCCCCAUCCAGUCUCAGACUCGCGCCUCCCACCAGCUCAAGAUCUUCUUCAGUCGCUCCUUUUCUCUCUCAUUUGCACUUCAAAGAGCCUGAAAGCUGUGCAGGAACAAGUCCUCCAUAUCACCUAUGCACCAUCUCCACCGGGACGUCCUCUGCUGAACGCGGUGCUCCCUUUGGUUUCUCCUCACCCCUCAACUCCACUGUGGAAACCAUAAGGCCCUGUUGAGUCUGAAGGGGUGGUCGUUCUGAAUUUGAUUGCUUUGGACGCAUUGUAGCAACACUAUGCUGAAACACAAGAUGGCGCUCUUUAAGUUCAGCCCUAACGGAGAAUCUCCAGAUGUCGACGUUGGCCGAGAAGAGUAGGUUUGUGCUAUGUAAUGGUUUGUGGUCCAGUACCUGGGCCAUCGAUCGGAAACGAAAGACGAGAUUCAGUCUCGCCUCUAAGCUUUAUGAAUCACCAGAUGCUUUAUUUCAUGAAUAUGGACCUUGUUUUUUUAUUGGUUUAUGAAAAACUGCUCCAAAGCUAAAAUGAUGUAGCUUCUUCAAAGUUGGACUGCUUGGCUUAGGAAAGUUGAUGAUGAUAAUCUCAAGAAUGGACCUCUGUUACUUAUUAAUAUGAUUAUAAGACAAUAUGAUCCAACUACAAUUUCAAGCGGCCUUCAGGAAUGAAACUACAGCUUCAAGUUCUACGUAAUAGUAGGUUUUGAGGAUCUCAGUCCAAUAGAGCUUUGAUUGGUUUGGAUUGGGAUGGUGGAUGAUAUGUUACCGUUUUUUUGGCCCGCUGCAUUUCGCAUCCCGUCCCAUCUGUUGACCUAUUUAGCAGCCCAUGUUUAUAUAUAUAUAUAUAUAUAUAUUUUCUGCCAGUGUUUUUAACAUGCUAUCAUAUAAAGGAUUGUGUAAGGAAUAGCAAUGCAGAGCAAAGGAUAUUAAGCCAUCUUUAAGAAAUGUAAAGUGGGAAUAAAGAAUGGAAUUACUAUAA